AUGUCGAACGUGGAGAACGUGUGCCCGCAGGUUCUACGCGGCGUUUCGCGGGAACUGCGGCGUCUGGCAGCCAAUCCUCCUGCAGGAAUUAAGCUCGUGCUACGGGACGAUGAUCUCACCGACGUCGUCGCUCAUAUCGAAGGCCCCGCGGAUACUCCUUACUUCGGUGGCAUAUUCCGUGUGCGGCUGGUUCUGGGUAGAGAGUUCCCAACCGCUCCCCCUCGCGCUUACUUUCUGACGAAGCUGUUUCACCCCAACGUGGCUCCGGACUCGGGCGAGGUCUGCGUGAACACUCUGAAGCGCGAUUGGCGGCCGGAGCUGGGCCUGGAACACGCGCUGCUGGCUGUCAAGUGCCUGCUCAUCGCGCCUAACGCCGAGUCUGCGCUGAACGCUGAUGCGGCGGCGAUGCUGCGCGAUCGCUAUGACGACUACUUCGCGCGUGCCAAGCUGCUCACCGACAUCCACGCGCGCCCCGCGUCUAAGCCCCGCGCCGCGCCACCCCUCCGCUCUUCGCCGCGCCGGGAGAGUAGCGGCUCGGAGGCUGAAAGCGUAGCGCGAGAGAGCGUGGCGUGGGAAGGAGCGGCGCGGGACGGUGCGGCUCGGCAGGGCCCGGCGCGGGAGGGCGCGGCGCGGGAGGGCUCGACGCGGGAGGGCGCUGCCCGUGAGGAGGUGCGGGAGGGCCCGUGCGCCAAGCGCGAGCGCAAGCCCGCGCCUCGAGCGCCGGCCUCCAAGGACAAGCGGCGCGUGCUCAAGCGAUUAUGA